CUGAGCCACACGGUCUUCAUUUGGAAGAGCUUUCUCUCUUGAGAAGUCCAUCUGCCUUCCCUAUUCUUUCCAAGAGCAUUUUAUGGAGAACAAAACUGAUCCCGAUGCCGAGAAGACUAGAUUAGAAAAGAAGGACAGUGCUCGUGAUGCCAUGGAGUCUCGGAAGUCAGGAACAGCCAAACGUCUGGCUACAUUAAUCUCAGGCCUGGUGGAGUGCAUGUGCUUUGCAGGUGUCAUUUUUGGGUGGACAUCGCUGGUCUUUGUCCUCAAACAUUUGAAGUACUUUGAGAACUAUUGUGAGUCAGCCGCCAAUACAACCAUCAAUCAAACAACUCAAGGCUGUGCAGCUCAGGAUGAACAGUUCUCUCUCAUCUUCACCAUUGGCUCCUUCAUGAAUAACUUCAUGACCUUCCCUACUGGCUACAUCUUUGACCACUUUGGCACCACAGCAGCCCGUCUGCUUGCCAUAUCCUCCUACACCAUUGGUACUCUCCUCAUUGCAUUUUCUUCAGCAGCCACUGCAAUAAUGUUGUAUCCAGCAUUGACAUUUAUCUCUGUUGGUGGGAUCCUUCUCAUUCUCACAAAUAUGCAGAUUGGGAAUCUGUUUGGAAAACAUCGGUCCAUCAUCAUUACCCUCUACAAUGGAGCCUUUGAUUCUUCCUCAGCUGUAUUUCUUAUCAUCAAGCUCCUGUAUGAGCAAGGCCUCUCCCUGGGAGCCAUGUUCUUCUUCAUGUCUGCCUGCAGUGCCUGGCACUUAGUUCGCACCUUUUUCCUGAUGCCCCGAUACCAUAUUCCUUAUCCACUGCCCCCAGGCUAUACAUAUGGAUUGAACUGUCCUGGGAUUUCCCAUUCCUACCGCACAUAUGAGGAACAAGGCUCCCCCAAGAUCACAGUUGCAGAUGAAGCCCAAGACUCAAAUAAUCUACAUCAUGAGUCAGCACUCAAAGAAGAACAAGCUACCAUCAAGGAGACAGUUGACAAAGGUGAUGCUGAGACUGGAUCAGACGCCAAGCAGCCGCCUGUUAAAUCCUUUUGGAAAUGUGCUUUCUCCAUGUUAUUUUUCUGGCACUUGAUAUGGCUGUCAGUGAUGCAGCUGCGCCAUUACCUCUUCAUUGGCACCCUCAAUCCCAUGCUGACGAAACUCGCAAAUAAGGACGCCAGCCUCGUGAGUAACUACACCAAUGCAUUCGCCUUCACACAGCUCUGUGGAGUCCUCUGUGCCCCUUGGAAUGGGCUUAUUCUUGACUGGCACAAACACAGGCAAAAGAAGGGAGAAGGUCAUUCAGGGGCACCAGAUCCCGUUGCUGAUCUCCGUUCUUGUAUCCUGUCCCUGUUCAUUACAGUGUUACAGUGCCUGGCCUUCUCCAUCUGUGCUUCCAUUCCUGUGCUGCCUGUGCAGUAUGCCACAUUCAUCUUACAAGUUCUGAGCCGUUCCUUCCUCUAUGGAGGCAAUGCUGCCUUCUUGGCUAUUGCUUUUCCCCUUGAACACUUUGGGAAACUCUAUGGUCUGGUGAUGGGACUGUCAGCUGUGGUGUCCCUUCUACAGUAUGCCUGUUUUGCACUGAUCGAAGGCCCACUAAAGGGGGAUUCCUUUUAUGUUAACAUUGCCUUCAUAGUGUUAAUGUUUCUGGCUUUUGUCAAUCCUUUCACCGUGUGGCGGGAAUGUAAGCUACGAGAGAAGGAGCAGGCUGCAAGAAAGCCAGGCCUGGAGUCUUCCAUCUGAGUCCAUCCCAGUUUAGACUUUGGGAACCUCACCUAACAAAAGGGGCCCUUACAAAGGCCUACGUGGGAACAAACGUUGUCUCUUUAAAUCUCACAGCAGCAAAAUAGGUCACAGUCCCACAUGAUCAGGUGCUCUUAAGUCCUUCAAAUUAAAAGGGUUUAACUGUGUCUAAAUUUGGGCUGGAUUACUAAUUCCAUGUUUCAAAACCAGAUUUAAAUACAGUACCCAGUCUCUUUCUCUCUCUCCAGUAUUUUAUAGAAAUUAAAGCCAGAUUCGUAACUUGGGGGGGUUGGAUUUAGAAUAUAUUUCACUGUUAUGUAUUUUGUUCUUUUUCAGAGAUCUAUUUUUGUGGAUUGUAUAAAAUUUUAGUAUAGAAGCCAAUUUAUUUUUUUUUCCACUUGAAAUGUUUAAUGAACCAGAACCUGUAUUUUUAAUGCAACAAUAUUUUAACCUCCCUUUAAACUUUUGAAUAUAUUGAGAAAUCUUCUACUCUCUAGUUUUUAAUUAUU